CGCUGUGUUAGAGGAAACUUUUAUUUAUUUUGAGUGAAUCCUAUUUAGUCUACAUGUUUUAUUAAACGUGUUCACCAAAACCUUGGAUUGUGAUGUGACGGAGAAACUUGUAUUUUUUAUAAAUGUCUAAUGUCUUACUAUUACUGGCUCUUAGGACAAAGUACGAUAUUUCCUUUAAACUUAUUUCGCCCUUCAAACGGGUGUGACUGCAACAAAACACCCCCACUCACUCCCUUCAUUUUCUGAAAACAUGAGCCAGCCGCCGAGACACCACCGCGCGCACAGAGAAAGAAACGGAGGAGACCAAAGUGAGAAGAGAGAGAGAGAUGCUCGCGGCCGAAGGGAUUCUCCAAAUGACCGACGAACGGCGAGUGACAGGACCUCUAACGAGUCAUCAUACUACCCAAGAGGAUCUCAGAGACAUGAAAGGAGCGUUCCUCAAGAGGAACAUCAGGAGUCAAAAUGCUCUUACGUCUGUUCAAGGAGAGGUAUUAUUUUGAUCUGCGCUAUCCUGACCAAUGUGUUGGUGCUGAUCUGCGUUGUGGCUGCUCACAUGUCUCAGAUGGGCAUGUCUGCGAUGGGCAUGGGCGGAGGGAACUUCAUCGACGCCAACAUUCCUUUUGAAGGGACUGAACUGCAGCAAGUACGUGAUCUUGACAUGCAGUAUGGACAAAUGAGAGCGCCUGGUGUCUAUGGGGGCGUGGCCUUCAGCCUAACUUUUGGCGCACUUUCACUCCUGUUCAUCGUGUCCAGCACCAAACCCGCCCACCGACUACCACGAAAGCUGCUGAUUGGACAGUUUGCUUUCCAAAUAAUCGGCGGGGUGGCGUACGUGGUUGCCGUGGGCUUAUACCUGCAUUUUGUGAUCUCUGUGAACUCAACCAAUGUGUGCAUUCAGCGCGAGCGGAUUUACGCCCGUAACGGAUAUACCUGGAUGAACUGUGAUGUAGGCGGGGGGGAAGCAGCUGUCGCACUUUUCGGAAUCAUAACAGCCAUUUUGUACACAAUUGGGGCCGUUUUUACUGGUCAAACACUUCGAGAUGUCAGUCGCUACUUUAAGGAGCGUAGCCGUUAUGAAGCCGAACAAAGACCUCAACCUAAAAACUCCCAGAAUGCACGUUUUGAUCCUGAUACUUAUGUCUAGGUUUUGAAUUCAAAACAUGGACGACGUCCCUAACUCCUGGACUGGAUGCAUAUAAACUAAAUACAAAUUAGUUUUUUUUACAUUUUUAAACAUUUUAACUAUGAGCAACUUUUUUAUAGUUUGUUUGUACAUAAUCCAAGGCAGGUAAUUUGGGGCUUUAACAGACACAUGUUUUUCAACAAACAAAUGAUAUUUUAGAUAUGUUAGACAUCAGAACUUAGUUUGGUAAAAUAAAAGUAAAUUUUCUAUUAGAGUGAAAUGAAAAAUGAAAAGUUGUAUGAGGAAUGCAUUUUAUAUUAGUUAGGAUGUUUCAUUUUGAUAUGAAUUUGAUAUUGAAUAAUGAAUUAUGCUUGAGAUUUUACGUUUGUUAUUUUGCAAUGACAUUUUUUCCCAGUAGGGGACGGCAAAUACACAUCUUUGCUGUGUCGCUUUUAGACCUUUAAAAAAACUAUGAGGUUUGACCUUAAAUAGCUGUAAUGCUGAAAGAAUGACAUCAGGAUUCAUGGUGCACUUUAAAUAUAUAAAUAGAAAUCAAUAAUUUUCUAGAAAUAAAAAAUAUUUUAAAUCA